UUCCACAUCUGGUCCGUGUCAGUCUGGGGGCUGGGCUGAGGCAGCUUUUGAGCUGCUGCAGUUUUCCGGCCCCAGGAAUGUCCCACUGUCCCUGAACACAGAGCAAAACACAUCAGGAUGUUCUGACGUGCACCAGCGUUCUGGGAAACCGUGUACCAGGGACAGUCCGGUGACUUGUACAAGCACAGGCUGCGAUAACUGCGGACUGGAUUAUGGAAGCCGGCGGGAAUUUCAAAGGAUUGAAAGAAAGGAGGACGUACCCGGGAAGUGACGGACGUACCUCCAGCCCAUUGGCCGUAAAGUCAAAGCGAGGUGUGGAAGGCAGACCCUGGGAGCGGGAAGCUGACGGAAUAGCUGGGAUCGGACAAUGAUCGGGAAAUUGUGCUUCCUCCUGGCAUUUCUCCAAGCUGUGGUGUCGGAAGAGUGGAGAGCGGACACUCCACCAGAUGUGACUGCGCAGAGGGGCCUGUGCGCCCGGAUCCCCUGCCGCUACACCUAUCCAUCACGUCUGGCCAACAAACCACGGACUGGAAUCUGGAUUAAUGAUGAGAACUGGAAGUCUCAGUCCAUAGCCUUUAGCUCCAAGGUUCACCAGGUGUCCUUGCACUUCCGUCAUCGGACACGGCUGUCUGGGGAUCUGAAAGAUGGCGACUGUUCCCUGGUUAUAGACAACGUCAUGCAGAAAGACGAAGGUCCUUACUUUUUCAGAGUUGAGUUCAAGGGCAAGGAUUCUCACAGCUACUUGCCUGUCACACGGCUCCACGUUUCCGAUUUCACAGAUAAACCCUCGAUAUUCCCUGCUGAAGUGGUUGUGGGAAAGCCCGUGAACAUAAGGUGCACCUUCGAAACCACGUGCGAUGAAUCGGUGCCCAGAUUAACUUGGGACAUCCCCACUGAUGUCUUGUCAUCAAACUCAAGCAGCAUAACUCAGCGGGGCGACACUCUGAUCUAUACUUCUGUUCUGACCCUGACCCCAGAGCUCAAACAUCACGGGCACAAUCUCACCUGCAGAGUGAGGUACCCAUCUGUUUCAUCGGAGCAGACCCUCACACUGACUUUGCAGAAUGGAAGCUCCAGCAUUUGGAAAGUAGUGUUGAUCACAGCAGGGAUCAUUUUCUGCAUUGCACUGGCUGGGUUCUUCAUCUACAGAUACAUCCAAAGGAGAAAAGCAAAGAGGGCUUCAGGAAACAAGGACCCUGCCAUCAGCUACAGUCCAACUUCCGUGAUGCAUCAGGACGCGGGCAGCAGAACUCCGCUGAGCCCACCCCAAGUCCCGACAGGGGCCAGCGCCGGACAGGAAGAAGGCUACAGACAUGAGGGCCCUCUGUACGCCCAGCUGCAGGAGCUGCCCUGCAGAGGUGCAUCCGUCCCCAAGGUCGAGGCCACGGAGUACGCGUCCAUCCGAUUCCAGUGAACCCGGGGAGCGGGAGACCGGAGGGGGGAGGCGAGUUGUAUCUAUUGCAAAGAGGAGCAACAGGUCCAGGAGGGAAACGAGGCGUGGUUUAACAGAGGGGGGGGCAUCUCUGUCUUCCUUGUCUCCUGGGUGGCGGUUGGCCAGAUCACCAGACUGACUUCCUGCUCACAGAGCUGGUGACCUCUUCACCGCCAACACACAGCUCCCCCCGAGAGGAAGCCCCACGGCUCUUGCGUGGGCGGCCCACGGAGAGGGAGGGUCCCCCCAGAAGGAACGGCACUCCGCCGGGGAGGGGAAGGGAGAGGUGGAGUCGUCGAGGGUUUGAAGUGGACGGUAGUCGGGGAGAGAGUAUGAGGCUGCUCAGUGGGACGACUAUACCAUAGUCCCAGUGUAUUAACUCACAGGAUAGGACACCCAGCAAUAAAUAUCAUUGUUGAAACCA